UAAAUAUUUUCAUGUAGCAUAACAUGAUAUAGUUAUUAGUUAACAUAAGUGUUGUUUAUUUGUUUUUGCAAUACUUUAUUUUAGAAUAUUUUUUUUAGGAUGAAAAAUAAUAGUUGAGAAUAAUAAGUUUUUCCAAAUGGGGAAUAGUAUGAAUAAGAUUCUUCCUGGAUUGUACAUUGGCAGUUUAAAAGACUCAAAAGAUUUUGAACAAAUCUCUGCUAACAAUAUAACGCACAUACUAUCUAUUCUUGAUUACCCCCAACCAAAACGUGUAUUCAAGAAAAUCAAGUAUAAAUUUAUAAGAAUAGCUGAUAAACCACAUGAAAAUAUCUCUAAACAUUUUAAAGAAUCAAUUCGUUUUAUUCAUAAGGCGAGGUCAUUGUCUGGUAAUGUUUUAGUGCACUGUCUAGCUGGUGUGUCUCGCUCGAGUACUAUAUGCAUUGCGUAUUUAAUGACAAUAGCUGACCUAAAAUGCAUGGAAGCAUUAAAAGUUGUCCAUUUUGCUCGAAAAGAAAUUAAUCCUAACUUUGGUUUUAAAGCACAAUUACAAGCUUUUGAAUCACAAGGCCCUAUAAAGAUAAAAAACAAAUUAACUAAACGUUUUGGUGAAAUAAAGCUUUCAGAUAUUGAAUACAUUCGAAAAGUUCUGUUGGAUCUUGAUAAGAAUAUUUCAUACUAAGAAAUAUAAACGUGCAAAAAAAGAAAAUAAAGUCAAAAAUAUUAAUGAAGGUUGAAAUUAAAAAUGAAAAAUUAAUAAAAAACUAUUAAUCAUAAAGCUUCGUAAUAUAGUUUGAUUUAAAAUUUACUA